CGGGAAGAGCGGGAGGCGGGCUUUGGGCGCCGCCGGACUGAAGAGAGCAGCCCCUUCCCUCUACCGGCCGCGGGCUUGCGGACCGCUCUGGGUAGCCCUUGACUCCAAGCUUUCUAUCAGCAGCACUGGAUGAUAAUUCAACAACCUCGUAGAGCUCACUAACGUGGCCAGCAGUAAUGGAUUUUGUGAUGAAACAAGCCUUAGGGGGGGCCACGAAGGACAUGGGUAAAAUGUUGGGAGGAGAAGAGGAAAAAGACCCCGAUGCCCAGAAGAAGGAAGAAGAACGACAAGAAGCCUUACGUCAGCAAGAGGAAGAGCGCAAGGCAAAGCAUGCCCGCAUGGAGGCUGAACGGGAAAAGGUUCGGCAGCAAAUCCGUGAUAAGUACGGCCUGAAGAAAAAAGAGGAGAAAGAGGCAGAGGAGAAGGCAGCCCUGGAACAGCCCUGUGAGGGGAGCCUGACACGACCCAAGAAAGCCAUCCCAGCCGGCUGUGGAGAUGAUGACGAUGAGGAUGAAGAGAGCAUUCUGGAUACGGUGCUCAAGUAUCUGCCAGGUCCAUUGCAGGACAUGUUCAAGAAGUAGCUGCCAUACCAGCCCAAGUCCCACCCAGAGUUUCCAACAUUCAGUUGAGGCUUCUGGGUGGUGAAGGGACUUUCUUUUGGGGUUUCAUGGGGCAUUUUCCUUUCCAGUUUUUGUUUCAAGGGGAGACUUCACACACGUCUUUGUGCCACAGGCCUUUCCCAGGCCUUCUUCUCGGUCCCCAAGAGAAGCACAUCAGGCAUGGGACGUACUCCCUACCCUGCCCCUUGCUAUCAUCACUCUAGGCUGCUGGAUUCCUUGGAACCACAGGCUGGGCACUGCCAGGAGUUUUAUCUCCUUCCCCUCCCCUGGGCUUUCCCUUCCUGACACAGAGCUGGAGUGGACUUCUGUGGUGCCAAAGGGCCAGCUGACUAGGAAGUCAAAGCAAAGCAAAAACAAAUGGGAACUGGGACCAAAUUCAAUUACGCAACCUCAUGGGGUUUUGGAGGAGGAGGCACCAGAGGGAGGCCAGGCCCCUGCACAAUCCUCUGAGCCCGCCUCCUUCCCCCAUAUUCCUUAACCCUGUGCUGACUGCCAAACAGAGAUUGUGGCCUGUAAAUCUCUGUUCUUGCCUAAUUCAUGGGGGCCAAGGUAGCCCCUGCACAUUCCAUCUCUGACCAAGGGAAGGACCAGUUGGAUACACACACACACACACACACACACAUCCCAAUCCUUGCUUUAGGGCAGUUGGCAAAUCAUAGUCUUGUCACAUCCUUGGGGAGGAAGAGCUCAUUCCUGAAAGGAAUCAAACUCCUACCACAAGCCUAGCAUGGAGGCCCACUGCAAAGAAUUGUGAGUUACUAGUAGACAAAAAAAAACCGUGGGUUGCUUAGGGGGCCCUUAGAUGAUUUUUCCCCUUCCAUCGUCCAGUAGUAGUAUUUUAUUGAAAAAAAAAUUCUCUAGCUGACACACUUGCAGACUUUUAGAGUAAAAAGACAAAGCAUGAAAUCACACUCUCCUUCCCAUGCUGCAGAAAGUGAUAAAUGUGGAGAUUGGUUUAAAGGUCAACUGACCAAAAAUGAAGACACUUGAGGAAACGGGAUGCAUUCACGCAUUCGACCAAACAUCCCUGCUUUCUUUAGGAGGUUGUAGGAAUGCCCUGCACUAACACUUAUAGAGAGAACAGCACAUCCUCUCAAGCCAGGGAGUUUUGGUUGUCUACUAGACCAAAGGGUUAAAGCCAGUAAGCCUAUCCCUGUCAUACGUAUCCUGAUCCUAGGACGCUGAUAAUCUCUUUCCCAAUGGAAACAUAAUGGCCCACCCAAAUAUUAGCAGAACUGUUCUUGCAUCCAAGGUAGAAAUUGUUUCCUUUUCCUCUUUCAUCAAGUGUCUAGAAAGACUACAGCCAUGCAUACCCAGAUACACAUGCUGAUUCCCAAGGGUGGGUCCUUCACGGUCUAUGAGAAAAACUUCCCACUUUUCAAUAUCUGCAGCCCAAGGUGGCCUGGGAGUGUGGUGGACACCCAACCCACACCCCAGCAUACGCCAGUAGCUCCCCUUCACUGCACAGUUGUUGCAUUCACUCCGUGGCCGAUUCUCCCCAUCGUUUCUUCGAAGCCACAACAUUACACAAAAAAAGAGGUGACUACGAGACAAGGAGGAAGCCUCGCUGCUGAUUUGGCCUAGUGCCCUCUCCCCAGUACCAACAGUCCUUGGCCACUGCCGAAAACAAAAUCAAACGUCCAUCCUUCUAUGGGGAAGUUUUGUAGUUUUCAUUCUUGUGUUUAUUUGGGAAGAAGGAAGGCCUGGAUUAUUUGGUAAAUUUUCCUGGUACUCUGUCCCUUCUACUUUUGUUUGGGGAUGGGGUCAAGUUUGAGUUUGGGAGUUAUCUCCCUGCAUCCAAAAUACGCCAUUCUUUCUUUCUUUCUAUCCUUCCUUUCUUCCUUAAUAGUUAAAGCCAUAUCAGUUAGACUGCAAUACUAUCAACGCUAAAAACUCUGCAGGCUGCGCUCUGUCAUGCUGUAUAGAGGAGCGUCUUGGGGUCAGGGACCACCCCUUUAUCCCCUUGCCUGCUUGUCUUUGUCUCUGGCCGCCCAACAUGUUUUGCAUAGGUAUCUCUGUAACAGGGUAAAUCACCCCAACACUUGUUAUCUGUCUAAUUGUCUCUGCUAGUCACUCAUUAGAUGGUCAUCAUACAGCCCCAUGGAGCUGGGAAGAAAAGGUCCUCAGGCAAAAUGAAAAGGGGACCAGGUUGAAGGUGGUAAGGGGACAGGCCAUUAGCACCUGUUUCGUCAAUAUAAUGUCAGCUUGUCUGCAGUCAUCCCAUAGGACAAAAGAGUGUGAUUGUGAGAGUCCUGCAAAGUUUCAUACUGGUUGAAACUCUGUGCCAGAAUGGCAGGACUUUGCCAGGGGAACGCAAGCUGUUUAUUGUCUACAUAAUCCUCCUGGGUGAAUGUUGAAAAUUGCAAUAAAUCCACUUUUCACAUGGGGCAAAGGGCUGAUGCUGAAGCCAGCUUCCCACACUAUGGUGAUGCUGUUGCUCUCAGUUGACAAAAUCACCACUAUACCCAUUGUUUAGUAUUUAGGCAGAGAGAAGUAAGUACCAGUAAGUCUCUGGACCCCACCAAUCUGAGAACUCCAUUCUGGGCAAGAACAAGAAGGAAAAAAAAAACCCCAAACCCACGUCUUAGAAUACUGGAGAGACAUGAAACAGCAAUGCCCACAGAAAUGAGGCAAAAUGAAACCUAGCUUCAAUAUGUGUGAAUAAGCCAUCCUAGCCCCAAUUUUGAUUCCCUGUGAUCUUUGACCUCUGAUAUUAUCAUGUCAGUGGGAGGAGCUGUGGGAUGCGGUUUCCAGGUCAUUGUGGUAGCCAGGAGAAAACCCUAAUAUUCUGCUUCGAAUCUUACUUAAUGGAGCUGGAUCAGCUUCCAAUUUGAAUGCAGAGAAUAUAUGUGUUGUAUGUAUGCAUGCAUGCAUGCAUGCA